AUGCUCAAUUUCACUGAUGUGACAGAGUUUAUUCUUUUGGGAUUAACCAGUCAUCGGGAAUGGCAAAUUCUCUUCUUCAUCAUAUUUCUCAUGGUCUAUGUUAUCACCAUGGUGGGCAAUAUUGGCAUGAUCAUGUUAAUUAAAGUCAGUCCACAGCUUCACAGCCCCAUGUACUUUUUCCUCAGCCAUCUGUCAUUUGUGGAUGUUUGGUUUUCUUCCAAUGUCACCCCUAAAAUGUUAGAAAACCUUUUAUCAGAGAAAAAAACAAUUUCUUAUUCUGGCUGUUUACUACAAUGUUUUUUCUUCAUUGCCCUUGUCCAUGUAGAAAUUUUCAUUCUUGCUGUGAUGGCCUUUGAUAGAUACAUGGCCAUUGGCAAUCCUCUACUCUACAGCAGCAAAAUGUCAAGGGUAGUCUGUAUUCGACUAAUUUCUUUCCCUUACAUAUAUGGUUUUCUGACUAGUCUGGCAGCAACAUUAUGGACUUAUGGCUUGUACUUCUGUGGGAAGAUUGAAAUCAACCACUUCUACUGUGCAGACCAACCUCUCAUCAAAAUGGCCUGUGCUGGGACUUAUGUAAAAGAAUAUACAAUGAUCAUACUGGCAGGCAUUAACUUCACCUAUUCUCUGACUGUAAUUAUCAUCUCUUAUCUAUUCAUUCUCAUUGCCAUUCUACGAAUGCGCUCAGCAGAAGGGAGCUAA